GGAACCAUGCAUGUGAUGUAAGGACAGACUGAAAGAUGCUAAACACAGACAGAAACUAAGGCAUACGAAGUUGACAAAUUUGAACCAAAAUCUCCUGGACUACAGAGUUUUAAAACUGUAGUAAUUAUUUAACAUGAUUGCAAGUCCUUCUCGUUGUCUUGUCUCGUAGCUAGUUAAAUUUAACGUGUAUAUUACUAAUAUACCCCUCCGGCUUUCUGCCUUUUGCUGAUUUAACUUACUUGUGGGUUUUUUUUUUUUCUUUCUGCACCAUCGAUGUAAACUGGCUGUCGGGGGCGGGAGGUGUUUCGCUCUGUGUCGCUCCCUGACAGAACUGAGCACAGGAAGUUGUAGCUGCCAGUUGCACCAAUCAGCUGAGAGGUUACUUGGACGCCCUGCCCAAACAAUACAGAGAGCAGGUCAGAUCGCUGGAAAUACAGUGCUGUUAUUUGAUGUUUUACGAUAGACAGGUUUUUAUAAAUCUACUUGAAGGCUUUUUGUCGUGUUUGCAAAAUGAGCGACGCCGGGCCAGGUAUUUUCAAACCGUAUCGGGACGAUGUGAUAGCACAGUAACGAGUGGAGACAUAGCCCCUGUUAGCAACCGCUAGCACGGUGUCAGAGGCUAACCGAGUUAGCUCACGUUUGUGACAACAGCCGGUAGCUAACUUAGUAGUAAAAGUUGUUUUUGAGAAGCUCACUACGGAGAGUAGCGUGAUGCCGAUCAUCUGUUGAACAUUUUUCGCUUUGGUGAAUCAACAAGGCAACCAACCGGCUGAGUCCGAUGUGUUUAUAUCCGUUCGUAACGUUGCAUGGUUGACAUUCAAGCUAUCGCAAGAACAACGUUAGCUUAGCUGCUGCAUAAACGACAACAUCUACCAAACUGGACAAAACUUUGGAUUUAGUCGGGUUUAAAUCGGGUUCGGCGGGUUCGCUGACCCCUCAGAAGAAGAUGAAGAAGAGGAAGGAGCUGAACGCCUUGAUCGGGCUCGGGGACAGCAAGAGAAAGAAGACCAAAAAGGGGUCCGGUCACCGACUGCUCCGAACCGAGCCGCCGGACUCUGAGUCCGAAUCCAGCUCGGACGACGACGAGUUCAAUAACCUGAGCAGCGGAGCCAGCUUUGGGAAACGAAGCUACACGCAGUGCUGCAAUGUGUGCUACCCCUUGUUUUUGUUCAUCAUACUUGCAGCCUGUGUUAUGGCCUGUGCUGGACUCAUAUGGAUGCAGAUUGCGCUGAAAGAAGAUUUAGAUUCACUGAAAGAGAAGCUGCAUAGCAUGGAAUCCAGCCAAAAGGUGUCAUCAAGUGAAAUACCAAAACUAGGCGAGGACCUGAAGAACAAGGAGAGAAAGCUUGAUGACAUUGAAAACGGGGAUAAGGGGCUGAGCAAGCUCUGGUCUAACCUAACAGAGAUGAACAGAAAGAUCAGUUUGCUGGACUCUGCUGUAAAUCAUUUAAAGGCCAACUUGAAAUCAGCUGCUGACUUAAUCAGCCUUCCCACUACAGUUGAAGAGCUUCAAAAGAGUGUCGCUACGAUUGGCAGCACACUAACAAGUGUUCAGCACGAUGUGAAGACGAUGCAGGCUGCUCUUGAAAAUCAGAAGAAAGAUGAUGAGUUGAAGAAGACAAUGGACAUAACAGACCUGAGAAAAGCAGUGAGUGAGGCCAACAAGACAGAGGAGCUGCAUCAUAAACAGUCUGAUGAGCAGAUUCACAUCCUCCUCUCUACAGUCGCAGAACUUAAGCAGAGAGUGUCGUCACUAGAGAACGGUUCAAAGGAAAAAUCAAAGGACAAUGACGCAGCAGCAAUCACCAGUGGAAAUUCAGCAGCCGACACGGUAAAAGAAGCUCCUACAACCAAAGCAACACCUGGGGAUGUUCAAGAGGUAUCCACACCACUGACAGAGCCUCAGACAAGCAGACGCCCACGCUUUUUAACUCCAAACCGCUCGAAGAGAAAUGCUAGGACAAAAUGCCCAAAGACGGUGUUCCUGCCUGGUGUCAGCUCUCUGAAAGACUUAGAAGACCUCUUCCAGCAGGCAGGCGGGGGACGUGAUUCACUGGGACUGACCUACGACAACCUGAGGAAAGCAUUUGGAAUAUCAACUCCCAGAGUUCGUACCAUGGAGUGUUUUGACAAUGAUGGAGACCAGAGGUACUCCCUGAUAGAGUUGAGAGCUGCUCUGGGUUUGUGAGCACAUCAUCACUGACAGCAGUGAACAGUAUUGAAUACCCAGCGGGGUCUGGGCAGUUUGAAGUUCCCAACCCUUUUCUGUAAUUGCUGCACUUUUGUGAACUGAAUAUUUAUCAUACUGAUUGUGGAACAGUGGCGCUGGCAUGCAGCAUACUCACCCUAUCCUGGUCUAGUUUAACACAACCUCAUCAACAAAACAUAUGCUUACAUUUUAAACGUCAUCCAUAUGAAUACAUGUAUUUGAAAUAUUCAGCUCUUAUUUUAGCAAUUUUCAUGGUCACCAUUAAAUAAAAUAUUGUGAAUUAUUUUGAAUCCAGUUUUCCACCCUCAAUUCUCAGAUUUAGUUUUUUCUGCACCUGUAUUAUUAUUAUGUUGUCUCAUUUUGAUGUACCAUUUUUGUUUAUUUAGUUCUCUGGAGGCUGUAACUGUCAGUCUACUUCCCCACCCAUCAAUACAACUCACCUGAACCUUAUUUAUAGAACCUGAGAUAUAAUUUUAGGAAUGUUUACAAAUUACUAUUAGAAAAAGCAUUUUUGUGAGUCUUUGUUUUUAGACAGAUGCCUAACUUAACUGAAACAAACAAUUGAGCAAAAGAGUGGAUUUUAUGUAUGCUCUUUCCUAAGCUAAACAAACUUAACGUUUUCUUCCUGCUUGUUUUUUUCUUCAUUUAUUUUCAGACAGUUGCUCCAUUUUGAUUGUGUGUAGUACCUCUGUACAUUUGUUUUUGCUUGUUAUUUUUGCAGCUUUCAGUUCUACACGUUUUGAAGGGCUAUGAACACUUUGAAUCAUUCGUAAGACUUUUGAAGUGGUAACUCUUGAGGCAUAUGUAGCAAUAACAAAAUUACAUAGAUAUUGCUUGUUUAAAAUUGCAGUAGACAGGAGGGCAUACCUAGCUCACAAUGUGUAACAGGUAGUAUAAAAAGCACUGACCAUCACUCUUUACUUGAUCCAUUUUAUUCCAUUUUAAUGGGCCUAAUAAUGGUGUAUUUACAUAACAAAUUUGUCAGACAUUGUAAAAUGUAAAAAUGGUUUAAAUGUAUUCUCACAAAUUAUCUUGUGAAGGGGGUCUUUAACGGUCUUAAUCUCAACAUUGUACAUUUUUUAAAUAAUUCUGUUGUGCUUUGCAUGUUGCUUAUAAUGUAACAUGAGCAAAUUAUUUAUAAACUUAACAUAGUCGAAUACUUGUUUUUGCAGGACAAUGUAACAGCUUUGCCCAUCAUGACGGUAGAUUUUGGGUUCAUGCUGCUGCUGUACAUGGGGAGAUUUUAUGAAUGUGUUUUUGUGUGAGCACCAAUGAAUAAACACAAAAUUAAAAGUU